CAUCAGAGAAUCCACACUCGACAGACGCACUACAUGUGCUCCGAGUGCGGGAAAAGCUUCAGUUGGCGCUCAAACCUUAUCACACAUCAGAGAAUCCACACAGGAGAGACGCCCUACACAUGCUCCGAGUGCGGGAAAAGCUUCAGUCAGAGCUCUACCCUUAUCGCACACAGGAGAAUCCACAGCGGAGAGACGCCCUACACAUGCUCUGAGUGCGGGAAAAGCUUCAGUCAGAGAUCUACCCUUAUCACACACAGGAGAAUCCACACAGGAGAGACGCCCUACACAUGCGCUGAGUGUGGGAAAAGCUUCAAUCAGAGCGCUACCCUUAUCGUACAUCAGAGAAUCCACACUGGAGAGACACCCUACACAUGCUCUGAGUGCGGGAAAAGCUUCAAAUGGAGCUCAAACCUUAUCAAACAUCGUAGAAUCCACACAGGAGAGACGCCCUACACAUGCUCUGAGUGCGGGAAAAGCUUCAAUCGGAAUUUUUCCCUUUCUGUUCAUCAGAGAAUCCACACAGGGGAGAGGCCCUAUGAAUGCAGUGAGUGUGGGAAAACCUUCACUUGCAGCUCAGCCCUUUCUAAACAUCAGAGAAUCCACACAGGGGAGAGGCAGCCCUAUGAAUGCAGUGAGUGUGGGAAAAGCUUCAUUAGCCGUUCAGGCCUUUCUAAACAUCAGAGAAUCCACACAGGGGAGAGGCCCUUUUAUUGCAGUGAGUGUGGGAAAACCUUCACUUGCAGCUCAGCCCUUUCUAAACAUCAGAGAAUCCACACAGGGGAGAGGCAGCCCUAUGAAUGCAGUGAGUGUGGGAAAAGCUUCAUUAGCCGUUCAGGCCUUUCUAAACAUCAGAGAAUCCACACAGGGGAGAGGCCCUAUGAAUGCCGUGAGUGUGGGAAAACCUUCAGUCGCAGUUCAGGCCUUUCUAAACAUCAGAGAAUCCACACAGGGGAGAGGCCCUAUGAAUGUCAUGAGUGUGGGAAAAACUUGACUAGCAGCUCAGGCCUUUCUAAACAUCACAAAAUCCACACCGGUGAGAGACCUUAUAAAUGCAGUGAGUGUGGGAAAACCUUCAAUCACAGCUCACACCUUCUUACCCAUCUCAGAAUCCACACGGGAGAGAAGCCCUACACAUGCACUGAGUGCGGGAAAAGCUUCAGUUGGCGCUCAAACCUUAUUGCACAUCAGAGAAUCCACACUGGGGAGACGCCCUACACAUGCUCCGAGUGUGGGAAAAGCUUCAAUCGGAGCUCUACCCUUAUCGCACAUCAGAGAAUCCACACCGGAGAGACGCCCUACACAUGCUCUGAGUGCGGGAAAAGCUUCAGUUGGCGCUCAAACCUUAUCGCACAUCAGAGAAUCCACACCGGAGAGACGCCCUACACAUGCUCCGAGUGUGGGAAAAGCUUCAAUCGGAGCUCUACUCUUAUCACACAUCAGAGAAUCCACACCGGAGAGACGCCCUACACAUGCUCUGAGUGCGGGAAAAGCUUCAAUCGGAGCUCAAACCUUAUUGCACAUCAGAGAAUCCACACCGGAGAGACGCCCUACACAUGCUCUGAGUGCGGGAAAAGCUUCAAUCAGAGCUCACACCUUAUUGCACAUCAGAGAAUCCACACCGGAGAGAUGCCCUACACAUGCUCUGAGUGUGGGAAAAGCUUCAGUCAUAGCUCUACCCUUAUCUCACAUCAGAGAAUCCACACCGGAGAGACGCCCUACACAUGCUCUGAGUGCGGGAAAAGCUUCAAUCGGCGCUCAAACCGUAUUGCACAUCAGAGAAUC